UCCACCGCCAGGAAACCCGGCUCGUCCCCCUCCCUCCCCUCCCAGAGCCGGACCACCGAGUCCAAAAUGACCACCUUUCCCCCACUGCCCGUGACGAGGACAAGACUUUCUGUGUUAGCGAGACAGAAGCUACCAUGCUCCAAAGGAAGAAUUCCAAGGUCUCAAUUGAUCAAAGAGAAAGCUGACAUAGAUUGUUACCUGGAGGCGAAUAUCAAAGGCUUAUCAAAAGAGGAGGUUGCAGCUUACAGGAACUCCUACAAGAAGAGCAUCUGCGUGGACAUGCUUCGAGACGGCUACCACAAGUCCUUCACCGAGCUCUUCGGGCUGAUGGAGCGCUGGGACUCCCUGAGGGUGGCGGCCAGUUUAAAGUCCAUCUUCUGGCUGCAGAAGCCUCUGGAGGAGCGGCCGGACACGCUGGAUCGUUUCUACCACUACCUGACCAGGGCCGAGAGUGCCGAGCGGGAAGGCUACUUUGAAGACGUGUAUAAUAACUUGUACGCCCUGGCCUGUUACUUUAGCGAUCCUGAAGACAAGUGGGUGAGAAACCACUUCUAUGAACGCUGUUUCAAUAUCGCACAACUCAUUAAAGUUGAUGGAGGGAAGAAAGAAGCGGAAUCCGAGUCACACAUGGGCCUUCUCUACGAGGAAGAGGGUGACCUUCUGCAAGCUGCCGAGCAUUAUGAAGCAUUCCAUCACCUGACGCAAGGGCGGAUAUGGAAGGACGAGGAGGGUCGCUUUCUCAGCUUGUUGGCCUGCGAGAGUCUCCUGCGCAUCUACCGAUUGCUCGCAGACAAGAUGGUGGAAAGCCAAGACUACAAACAGGCCAUUAAAACUCUAACAAAAGCUUCUGAGAUAGCCAGAGAAGGAAAUGACAGAAAGAUGGAAGGUGAAGCAUCCUAUUACUUGGGUUUGGCACGCUUAUCUGCUGGAGACUACGAAACCGCACUAGCAGACCUGGACAAGUACAGCCAAAUCUCGACGGAACAGGAGGACGAUCUCAGCCUGGGGAGAGCUUAUGAGGCCAUCGCCAAGGUCCUGCAGUGCAAAGGAGAGACAACAGAAGCAAUCAAAUACUUGGAAAAAGUUGUGAAGAUUUCUAAGAACAAUUUCCAAAGUCUGGAUGUUGUGAGAGCAAGCACCAUGCUUGGCGACAUCUAUAAUGAGAAAGGAAAGUACAGCAAAGCUUCUAAGUUCUUCCAGCAAGCUUUUGACACCACAGUAGAACUGAUGAACGUGCCUCUGACGGAGGAAACCAAAGUUCAUUACGGCAUAGCUAAAGCCCACCAGAUGAUGCUAGCGAUGAGCAACUGCAUAGAAUCUGACGAUGGCGGCGGCGGCGCCGGCCUGGACUGCCUGCUGUCCUGGAAGGAGAACCGGAGCCACCUGGAGCUCGAUCCUGCGCAGGGUAGGGCUUCGGCGGAAGAUCUACACAGACUUCCAGAUCCAAGCCCUGUGCCUUCUGCGGGCGCGGCAAAGGAAUCGCCACCCAUGCGUUCCGCUUCACGAGCUGAAAGGGGACAGAAUUCUCCUGUGCUGGUGGGGAAAGGUGGGGUGACUGGGGGUGAUGGUUGGCCUGCCUUGCCGGCAGCGCUCGGUUGCCUGGCUCUGGCCAGGGAGGGCUGUCGGGUGGCAGCUAAUGACUGGGAGGUACCGGGUCCUCGGCGCUCUCAGGUGGACUCGGUGGAUCCGUUUCCGCAGAAUGAUGAAAAGGUUGAGAUAAAAUAG